CUCCCAUUCCGUGCUGCUCCGCCUGAACCCGAGAAUCCGCACUCCAGCGUAAGUGUCGUUGGCUAACACGUGCGCGUCACGUCGAUUAAUCCGCACCGUCUCUCGCGGCGAUGGCUUCUAUCGCCGUCAGCCUACCCUGCGCCUCUUCCGCGCCGUCAGCCACCGCAUUUUCGCCGAAUGGCGAUAUUUCGCGCCCGUGCGCGCUGACCAGCUGCGCGCCGUCAGCGCUGCUCCCCCGCCCACCCCUUUCUCUGCGCGCCAAGCCCGCGCAGCGGAGAACGAAGUCCCACGUCCGCGCCUCUCGCCCCGCGAUCACCGCGUCAGCGGCAUCUGCGCCGGAAUUCCUGGAGGCGCUGCUGGACGCGCCGCCGGCCGUAGCGCGGCAGGAGGUGACGGCGUUCGCGCCGGCUACAGUGGCGAAUCUCGGGCCGGGAUUCGAUUUCCUGGGAUGCGCCGUGGAGGGGCUGGGCGACCACGUCACGGCGCGGAUCCUGGACGUCCCUGCGCCCCCCUCGGGCAACAUCAUCAUCGAGCGCAUCGAGGGCGACAACGGACGGCUGGGAUUGGACCCCACCACCAACUGCAUCGGGAUCGCUGCCCGGGCCACCAUGGAGCUGCUCGGCCUCUACGGACCAGACGGCAAGGGCAGCGGCACAGGAUCAGAAUCCAAAUCCGAUCUCCCUGUGAUCGGCUUGACUCUGAACAAGGGUUUGCCGCUGGGAAGUGGUUUAGGCUCCAGCGCGGCCAGUGCUGCCGCUGCAGCGGUGGCGGUGAACGCGCUCUUCGGCUCGCCGCUCUCCAAGGCGCAGCUCGUGCUGGCGGGUUUACAGUCCGAGGCCGCCGUGAGCGGUUACCACGCGGAUAAUGUCGCCCCGGCGCUCAUGGGGGGGUUUGUGCUCGUGCGGUCGUACCGCCCGCUGCACCUCAUCCCCCUGGCGUUUGGGGGGGGGAGCGGAGACGGGGCCAAGAAGCUGUUCUUUGUGGUGGUGACGCCGGCGUUUGAGGCACCGACUAAGGAGAUGAGAGCAGCACUGCCAAAGGAGAUCACGAUGGCAUCGCAUGUGGCCAACAGCAGCCAGGCAGCGGCACUCAUCCAUGCCAUCAACACUGCCGACCCUCGCCUGCUCGGUGCCGCUCUCGCCUCCGACACGAUAGUGGAGCCGCGGCGCUCGCCUCUGAUUCCCGGCAUGUCGGCAGUGAAGGUGGCGGCCAAGGCAGCGGGGGCGUAUGGGUGCACCAUCAGUGGCGCGGGGCCCACUGCCGUGGCAGUGGUGGACAGCGAGGAGGUGGGGAGGGCUGUGGGGGCAGCCAUGGUCGAGGCAUUCAGGGAGCAGGGCAAGCUGCAGGCUAAAGCCACUGUAGCUGCUCUGGAUGCUGUAGGUGGACGAGUAGUGUAGGGAGUACCGAUGAGAGAAGCCUUGAUGCAGGACGUUUUUUUUAUUAACCCAUUGAUUGCUGCAUUUGCAUGCAAUGCAGCUUCAGGUCUGCAUUCGAGUUGCCUGAUCCUAUGCAGUAUUCAGAA